CGGGGGGUGCUGCUGCCCCCCGGCCUCCUCCUCCUCCUUGUCCUCCUCCUCCUCCUGGCAGAAGAUUGUCUGGCUCAGUGUGAUAAUGACUGCAAAGCUUACUGCUGUGAUGGGACUACUCCCUACUGCUGUUCAUAUUAUGCCUACAUUGGGAAUGUCCUUUCGGAAGCAUGUGAAGCACAUUACAGAGCGAGGGAAGGUCAUGACUGCAGGGAACAGGAUGUCUGAGAGGGAAAGGUGGGGCGAGAGGAGCUGCUGCAAAACAAGGACAGAGAAGCAGCAGGAGAGCAUGAGGGUGAAAAGUGGUAACUGGAAACCUUGCAAUACUUUAAUCCGAAUUCUUUCACAUAAAAGAGGCACAGCAAUAGCUGGAAUUGUUUUUGGCAUAGUGUUUAUAAUGGGAGUGAUAGCUGGGAUUGCCAUCUGUAUCUGCAUGUGCAUGAAGAGCAACCGUGGGACUCGAGUAGGGGUCAUCCGGACCACGCACAUCAACACCAUCAGCACGUACCCAGUGGCUCCACCACCAUACAGUUAUGAAUUCGAAAUGGAGUACCCAGCUGACCUACCUCCACCUUAUACUCCAACCCCACAGACUUCAAUACAGUAUCCCCCACCCCCUCCAUACCCUGGAUAUUCAGGGAAAUAAUUAUAUGUCUUCACAUGGAUAUUGAGUGCCUAUUGCAACAGCCAGCACUGUUGGGACAGUGUUACCGGCUCAGGGACAAGUAGGGUGGGGUGUGCAUCAACACAUAUGGCCCAGCAUUGGAAUAAACUGGAAAGGUUGCCAUAGCUCAGGAUGAAGAAGAAUCCUGUCCAUUAUGGACCGUCAUGUUUCGUGAUUAAACAAUACAUGACCAAAGAAACAGUUCCUGUAAGUUGGUGUCUGCUGAGUGGUGCUCAGCAUCAGUCUUAUCUUCAGCUGCAGCACGUGGGAGUGGGGCUUUCCCUGUGUGGGAACGUGCAAGUGGUGCAAAUGGUUCAGCAAGCUGUUUCAAAACCACAAGAGCCAGCUGCUGGGGCUUAUUUCGGGGCAAAAACUCCAACUAUUGUCUUGAAGUAACCACUAUGCCUUUCUUGAAACAACGGGAAUAAGGAAGAACAAGGAAUACUGAAGCUGUUUUCAUUUUCCACUUCCAGCUGAUAAUAGCCAAUGAUCACUGUGCUUAUUGGUCUGAUAAGCAUGUUCCAAAGAGAAGUGCUGUUGGAGUUAUGCAGUAACUAAAAAAAGAGGGGUAUUAUUUUUGGCCAAGUGCAGGUUGUUUAAAUUGCCAGCAGUUUGAGACUAGUUUGUAAACUAAAGUGUUAACAUAAAGAGCAUUUUUGUAUGUGAAAUACACUAAUUUAUAGCUGAUUUACUUUUGCCUGGACUUAAUUGGAAAUAUCCUACAGUGCCUUUUUUAUCAGCAAAUGAUACUUGGAUUUUAUUAUAAAAAUACUGAAUUGGCAAAACUCACAAGCGAUAGAAGAAAUGCAAACCAAAUAUUAAAACAUCUCAGGUUUGUCUUCAGUUGGAUUGCAUAAAGGCUUUUUUUUUUAAAAAUCAUACUGUUUACCUGUAGUAAGGAUAUUCAGCCUGACCAAAGAGAUGAGCACAGAGACUGUGAGGAUCAUGUUACUUUUGAAUGUUGUGUUAGGCAUUUUAAAAAUCUAGGUCACUAAGUAAUACUUUUUGCAUUUGUCAUGCAUAUUGUUCAAAAUUACUUAUUCUUUGCUAUAUACGGUCCAGACCUUUAUGAUUUAAAAUGUUCCGUGUCCUUAGGAGGCUAACUAUAAUUCAGCAGCAGCUGUUUGACUUCAGAAAAGAAUAUUCUAUUACCUAAAGCAUCAUACUUUAGUGGUAAGACUGUUAUUUUUCUCAGAUUUAUAUGCAAACUACAAACACAGUGAUUCUCUUCAGCGGUGUAAAAGUGCUGAAUGCCCUUAGUUUGAAUUGAGUGUCUGGGCAGUUUAAGAAUGCUACAGCCAAAAAUAUGGCACCUAGAGUUCAGGACAGCUGUGACAUCAGAGGUCCAUCUCAGAGGGAGAGACUGAAAGUUACUGCUGAUUCCCGGAGAUCAGAAUGCAUUUAAAUAUUUUCCAUUGUAGCCCUCAUCUUAUUUUCAGGUGUAUCCACAUAGUAAUGAAUAAAAAAGCAGCUUGCAAGACAUGGUACCAUAUCUCAGUGGAGUCAACUGACAACCUCUCAUUACCCCCCAGGUCUGAUACUUUUGGCAUUCAGUCCUCGUUCAGGGAAGAACUCAAGCAACAUUUAACUUUGAGCAUAAAAGUUAUUCAAAGGAAUUCUCAAAACAAGACCUUACUGACUGUUCUUGCUCAGGUUUUGCAGUUGUAUCUGUCCUUUGCAGGCUGACUAAACUUAUCCCCUCGAAACCCCACUUAAAAGCACAGAUGGCCUCAGUCCUCAUCAGUACAAGUUCAGAAGAUCUGUCUUGUGGCCCUUGGCCAAGCUGAGCCUUGGGUCAUCAGCCCAUUAGCUACCAAGGCAUUUGUGACCCAGUCAGAGGAAAACUGAGCUGCAUCCCAGGUUUAUGGUUGCUGCUGGUUAACGAGACUUAAAUUCUCAUUUCUGUUUUGCUGUUCAGAGGUGACAAGUCCUGAACUGGCUUAUCCUUACAAUUACUUCUGCUCUGUGCUGUCUUCUGUGACAUUUCAGCUGUUGCCCUGACCUCUCAAGAGAUCCUGGUUGAAAUCCUCCCGUGAAGGGGGCAACCUUUUGCGUGCGGUAUUUUGGCAGUCCCUACUCAAAACCGUCUGCUGCUAUUGAUGUGCCUGCCAACAUCGUGACCAGCCUGAAGAACAGAAUAAACAUAGGUUUCCCUGCAGAAAACCCAGUUCCUACUGCACCAUUUUAUGCUAGUACCUCAGCACUUUCUAGUUGAUCAUACUGGAUGAUAUUUUGAUCCCAAAAAGUUACCUGUAGAUAAUGAGUAUUGUCAUUUUCUCAUUCCUGUAUUUUAUUUCUUUGUGCGGAACAUGGAGACACACAAAUCAAUGAGCAGUUUGUAUUUGUUGAAUCCAUUCUUCUGAAGAAUACAGAGAAAGAAAACUAUCCUAUGGAUCAUAAAUCUUCCCUGAGAGAAAGAAUUUCUCCAGCCGUGACAUUUGUCAGAACAAGUUAUGAAACAGAUUUCUUACAUAAAAAGGAAUUUCUGGAAAAUUACUAAAAGUCUUUGAUCACAGAGUCCCCUAUUUCUCAGCCUUGGGAUUAUGUAUUGCCUCUGAUGAUGUUGCAUAAAGGUCAUAGUGACCAAAGUACCUACAAUGUUUACAUGACUUAUUCCAGGGAAAAUUAUGGAAAUGGGAAGUUGAGAAUUUUGUACUGAGUGAGAGCUAUUUGUUUGCUUUGAAAACAGCAGUGGGAAUGUUGAUUUUUGUAUGUUAAUUAAUGUUCUGCAGAUCCACAUAAUACUGGGACAUACCAGACAUUGAUUUUAAUCUCAGAGGACACCACGUCUUGUCCUAGCUAAGGGCAUAAAACAUAGGUGUUGCCAUUUCAGCAAACCCGGUAGAACAGAGUAGCUUAAUUUCAGAAAGAGGUGAUGAUUGCAGUGAAAAUAAGUUAAACUGAGAGAAAUGGAGAGGAGGAGGGAGUCUGAGAGAUUUACAAAAGUAAAGGAAUAGAACAAAGAAGUUGCUGCUAAACAAAUGGAAGCACUUGCCAAUAGUGAAGUUAUAUUAGUUAAGUUUAGUUGAAAAAAUUGAAGUGUUCCAGUACCUAAAGGGGGCUACUAGAAGGCAGGAGUGGGGCUUUCUACAAAAGCACGUAGGGAACAAGUGGGAAUGUUUUCAGAGGGUAGAAUUAGAUUGGGUAUUAGGAAGAAAU